AUGAUCUGCUGGCCCUUCUUCUUCGACCAGAUGGUCAACAGCAGGUUCAUCAGCAAGGUGUGGAGGAUCGGGGUGGACGUGAAGGACACCUGCGACAGAGCCACCGUGGGCAGGAAGGUGAAGGAGGUGAUGGAAGGGGAAAGGGCCGAAACCAUGAGGAAGAACGUCAUUGGACUGUCGGAGAUGGUGCGGGAGUACGUCGAGGAAGGUGGUUCCUCCCGCAUCCACCUGGACCAGUUGAUCGACGAUAUUCGGGCCCUGAGUCUGGAAGCGUCCCCCAGCAGGUAA